AAUAGGCACUUUUAGUCUGUCCGAACAAUUCAGAACGAUCAAUUGCCCGCUGCUGCUGUGUUUUGUACCUAUCGUACUAGCAAGACUCGAGACUUUUCGCACGUUGCUUUUUUUAUUAGAGAGAGACCACGAGAGACUCCUACCGGCAAAAAACUGCUCUUCUGCUCCGAGCAUCAUCUGCCUUCUGCAAGCAUGGCCUGGUCUCGUAACCAAAUCUUGAUAGUCGUUGGUUUCAUCGUUCUGGAGGCGGUCGCCAGCUUCGCGAUCGGAAUCUAUGAUAACGAUUUUCCAGGCUUCUUUAUUUUUUUAAUUGAGAAAUUUCAUAUGCUGAAGUUCUUAUUGAUGUAACGUUAUUCGAGCGAGCUUGUGUUUAUUGUUUUUGAAUCGAGCUGCGGACCGGUGCACAGACGCGCGCUGCCAGCUUACUUGUGUUUACAAAAUAUGAACAACUUACUGACUGAGUCCAUAAGGACUGUCGGACGAAAAAUAGCAUCUUGCGAAGUGAAACCGUCGGACCUGACCAAGGCGGCGUUGAAAUUGACCACACAAUUGAGGCCUCUGAACGCUUUCAUCAAUGUCACUCAUCAACUGGCCAAGACUCAGUCCCAAGAGUCCGACAGCAGACAGGAUAGUAAGAAGCUACUUGGCAGUCUCGAUGGCAUUCCCAUAGCUGUCAAGGACAAUUUCUGCACCGCGGGCCAACCAACGACGUGUGCAUCCUUGAUGUUGGCUGAUUUUGUUCCUGGCUACGAUGCAACUGUCUAUAGGAAAUUAAGAGAAGCUGGUUCGAUUCUUGUGGGUAAAACUAACUUGGAUCAGUUUGCCAUGGGCUCAGGCACUGUUGACUCUUACUAUGGACCUUCGAAAAAUCUGUGGGGAUCUGAACUUGCUAGAAAUUAUAUUCUUGAAGAUAACUCGCACAAAAAUGAAAUUGAAAAUAGACCCCCGUUAGAAGAAUGGUUUAUUGCAGGUGGUAGCAGUGGAGGCUCUGCUAUAGCAGUUUCAUCAGGAAUGUGUUUCGCUGCAUUAGGUUCAGAUUCAGGAGGUUCAACUAGAAAUCCUGCAUCUUAUUGUGGCGUAGUUGGUUUGAAACCUACCUAUGGAUUAGUUUCUAGACAUGGCCUUAUUCCUUUAGUCAAUUCUAUGGAUGUACCAGGUAUUCUCACACGUACGGUUGAUGACUGUCUAGCUGUACUUAAUACUAUAGCUGGUCCUGACAAUAUGGACUCUACAACGAUAAAAGUUCCAUUUAAACCAAUUGAGCUAUCAACAAGUCUGGAUAUCAGUGGUCUGAAGAUUGGUUUGCCCAAGGAGUAUAAGUGUCCUGAACUCUCAGAAGAAGUAGAAAGUAAUUGGCUGGAAGUGAGUCGACUAUUGGAAGAAGCAGGUGCCAAAGUACUUCCUGUUUCUUUACCACAUACAGAAUACUCAAUUGUGUGUUACUCGGUGCUCAACAAAUGUGAAGUAGCAAGUAAUAUGUCAAGAUACGAUGGUCUUGAGUACGGACUAAGAGCAGAUGAAAGCUCGUCACUAGAUGCCUUAUACGCCCAAUCAAGAAGCGAGGGUUUUAACGACGUCGUUCGCAGUCGCAUUUUAGCUGGAAACUAUUUUUUACUUAGUGAAAAUUAUGAAAAUUAUUUUGUAAAAGCAAUGAAAGUUCGCUCUCUCAUAGCGCAAGAUUUUGAUAAAGUAUGGGACUCCGGCGUAGAUCUUCUAUUGACGCCGACAACAUUAACACAAGCUCCAAAGUACAAAGACUUUAUCUGUGCAGAUAAUCAAGCUCAAUGUUCUGUACAGGACUUUUGCACUCAACCAGCAAACAUGGCUGGAUUGCCAGCUAUUAGUGUACCUAUAAAAUUGUCUAGAAGCGGCAUGCCACUCAGUUUGCAGCUAAUGGCACCUAUGUUAUGCGAAGAAAGAUUGCUGAGGGUGGCAAAGUGGAUAGAAGAUAUUGUAAAAUUUCCUAGAUUAGUACUAAAAUAAAUAUCAAUGUUGAUACUAUUGUAAAAAAUGUAUA